AGGGCGGCAGGAAGCGGCCCCAGCCCCCCCUACCCCGCGCCCGCCACCCGCCCGCGCCGGCAUGUCGAAGCGGCUGAGGAGCAGCGAGGUGUGCGCCGACUGCAGCGCUCAGGACCCUUGUUGGGCAUCAAUAAACCGGGGGAUUUUAAUUUGUGAUGAGUGCUGUAGCGUGCAUCGGAGCCUGGGGCGUCAUAUCUCACAAGUGAGGCAUCUCAAACACACACCAUGGCCUCCAACGUUGCUGCAGAUGGUUGAAACACUGUAUAAUAAUGGUGCUAACUCCAUAUGGGAACAUUCUUUGCUAGACCCAGCAUCUGUUAUGAGUGGAAGGCGCAAAGCUAACCCACAGGAUAAAGUCCAUCCCAACAAAGCAGAAUUCAUUAAAGCUAAAUAUCAAAUGCUAGCAUUUGUUCAUCGCUUGCCAUGCCGAGAUGAUGACAGCGUUACUGCCAAAGACCUUAGUAAGCAACUCCAUUCCAGUGUGAGGACAGGGAAUCUGGAGACAUGUUUGAGAUUACUCUCUUUAGGAGCCCAAGCCAACUUUUUUCACCCCGAAAAAGGAAACACCCCACUUCAUGUUGCUGCCAAAGCAGGACAGAUUUUACAGGCAGAGUUGUUAGCAGUCUACGGUGCUGACCCUGGCACACAAGACUCCAAUGGAAAAACUCCGGUAGACUAUGCAAGGCAAGGUGGGCAUCAUGAUCUGGCAGAGCGCCUUGUAGAAAUACAGUAUGAACUUACUGACAGACUUGCAUUCUAUCUUUGUGGAAGAAAACCGGAUCACAAAAAUGGACAACAUUUUAUUAUACCUCAAAUGGCAGACAGCAGUCUAGAUUUAUCUGAAUUGGCAAAAGCAGCUAAGAAGAAGCUUCAGUCUCUAAGUAACCAUCUAUUUGAAGAACUUGCCAUGGAUGUGUAUGAUGAAGUUGACAGGAGGGAAACAGAUGCAGUUUGGCUUGCUACUCAGAACCACAGCACAUUGGUGACUGAGAAAACAGUUGUCCCUUUUCUUCCUGUAAAUCCCGAAUAUUCCUCAACAAGGAAUCAGGGAAGACAGAAACUGGCCCGGUUUAAUGCCCAUGAAUUUGCUACGCUAGUUAUAGAUAUUUUAAGUGAUGCUAAACGAAGACAACAAGGAAAUUCUGUCACGGGUUCUAAAGAGAACGUGGAACUGAUACUGAAAGCUAUCAACAGCCGUCAUAAUAGUGAGAACCAGGAUAUUGACCAGCCUGAUUAUGACAGUGUUGCAUCAGAUGAAGAUACAGAUUUGGAAACAAAUGCAGCUAAAGCAAGCAGGCAGAAGAGCCUGGAUUCAGACUUGUCAGAUGGGCCAGUCACAGCACAAGAAUAUAUGCAGGUUAAAAAUGCCUUGAUGGCUUCUGAAGUAAAGAUACAACAGCUAAUGAAGGUGAACAUCAACUUGAGUGAUGAACUGAGAAUUAUGCAGAAAAAGCUUCAAACGCUACAGAGUGAAAAUACAAACCUCAGAAGACAGGCCACAACCAAUAUAUAUCAGGUCCAAACUGGUUCUGAAUAUACAGAUCCCACCAACAAUUCUUCUUUAAAGCGACGACCAUCUGCCCGGGGUAGCAGACCUAUGUCUAUGUAUGAGACUGGAUCAGGUCAGAAACCCUACCUCCCUAUAGGAGAGGUCACAUACCCAGAAGAGAGCAUAACAAGACUACAGCCUUUCCCUCCACAUAUCGGGAGGAGUGCGUUUGUGACCUCCUCUUCAUCUCUGCCUUCCUUCCCCUCCACGCUUUCCUGGUCAAGGGAUGAAAGCACACGAAGGGCAUCAAAAUUAGAGAAACAGAAUAGCAUGCCUGAAAGUGACUAUGAUAACCCCACCCCCAGUCUGGAGCUGGAUGAACCAGGGUCAGGUAGAAAAGGAAGGCAGAGAAGUGUCAUUUGGCAGGGGGAAGGGUCUAUCCCUGAGAACACCGACACAGACGCAGCCCCAAGCUCCACCCUGCCCAGCACAGAAGAUGUUAUUCGAAAAACUGAACAGAUCACUAAGAACAUCCAGGAGCUGUUACGAGCAGCACAAGAAAAUAAGCAUGACAGCUAUAUACCAUGCUCAGAAAGAAUACACGUGGCAGUAACAGAAAUGGCAGCUUUGUUCCCAAAAAAACCCAGAUCUGAGCUGGUGAGGACUUCCCUACGCCUGCUGACAUCUAGUGCCUACAGACUCCAGUCAGAAUGCAAAAAAACCCUUCCUGUGGAGCCCUGCCCUACCACGGACAUCCAGCUGGUCACUCAGCAAGUUAUUCAGUGUGCAUAUGACAUUGCUAAGGCUGCUAAGCAACUGGUUACCAUCACAACCAAAGAGAACAACAACUGAGGCCGGUUGGGUUUUUUAGUCUUGCUUUUAUAAAGGUUGGAUUUAAAAUUUAGACAUGUAACUAUUCAGAUUUUUACAAGAAAAUUAAGGGGGGCAAGAAACUUUUUUUAAAAGCUCAGUAUUAUUUUUGCAUGUUUUCUAACAGAAUUUUCACUGAUUAAUUUAACCCACUGCCUUAUUUUUGUGCCUGUGUUGCCAGUUUAGUUAUAGAUUAUAGUAUGUUGCAUAUAGCUGUCAAGCCAAUAUAACAAACCAAUGUUGUAUCACAAGUUCUUAUAGGAGAUUCCUGGUGGCCAUAUUCUGCUUUCAGAUAUUGCGCGCACAGCUUCCAUCAAAGUCAAAUGCACAUAUCAGAGGGCAGAAUCUCGCCUUCGCUCUGUACAUCCUGGAGCUUGGUCUGCAGGGGGAAUCCCAUGGAAUACCUUGCUCUGUUUCAUAGUAGCUAGGGUCAGGAGGGACCUGAACAGAUCAUCUAGCCUGACCCCUGCCACAGGCAGGAAUGGAUGCUGGGUUCCCAAGACCCCAGACAGGUGAUCAUCCAACCUCCUCUUGAAUAUGCCCAAGGUAGGGGCGAGGACCACUUCCCCAGGAAGUUGGUUCCAGAUUUUGGCCACCCUAACUGUAAAAUAUUGCCUUCUGAUCUCUAACCUAAACCUAUUCUCCAUCAGCUUAUGACCAUUGUUCCUUGUCACCCCGGGUGGUGCUGGGGAGAAAAGGGCUCUGCCUAUUUGCUGUUGAUCCCCCCUGAUGAGCUUGUAGGCAGCCCCCAGGUCCCCCUCAGCCUCCUCUUGCUGAGGCUGAACAGGUUCAGGUCCCCCAGUCUCUCCUCGCAGGGCCUGUCCUGCUGCCCUCUCACCAAGCGGGUGGCCCUCCUCUGCACCCUCUCCAGGCUGGCCACAUCCCUCCUGAAGUGCGGCGCCCAGUACUGGAUGCAGUUAGUAGAGCAGUGGACUAUGGAGGCGCCAGGAAUGUAACUGUUGGACAGUAGGAUGAAAUUUUAUAGUCUUCCUGAUAAUGGAAUACAAAGGUUAUAUUACCUGUUCCCAUAUGAACUGUUGUGCAAUAAUAUUUUUCCUUAGUUUGCUAAAACUAUAGUUGUGGGCAUCCAAGCUUAUAUUAAAUGGUAACUAUACAAGGUCUUUGUCACUUUAUCUAUUUUGGAAGGAAGCAUGAAAUGUAGUAGUUAUUUCUUUUAGUUGUCACUAUACCAUUAGUUUUUACAUUUGAUGUUACUUUUAGAAAGGGCAUUAGUGGUUAAAACAUGCCGUUAUUUUUAUCUCUGAUAUAAGUGACUCAUUCUGAAAUUUCCCACAGAACGUAUUCUCGCUCAGUAUCAUCUUCAAGCAAUAUCUUGUUUGCAGCAGGUUUUUUUUAAUCUUUUAGAGGUGUCAUUUCACUAAAGAGUUGUGAUUCUUUUUUUUUUAACGGAAGAUGAGAAAGAAGGCUACUUCUAAGGUAGUCUGGCAGUGCACCACAUCUGCAUUGAAAUGUGUACUGAGAAGACACCUCAUGAAAGUUUCCCAAACUCUGUGGACAGUAUCCAGAAGGACCUGUACAGGAAGGGCCACACCCCACCAUAUGCUAAUCCAACCACUUUAAUGUGUGCGCCAUUCAAAUUCUAGUACUUUUUUCACUCUCAAAUUUUUACCUUUGGUCUUUAAAAAUGUGAAGUCCCUGUUUCCAAAGGCGGCAGGUACUUUUGGAGCUCAUUGAAAAUCCAUGGCAGGUAGGCUGCUAAGUCACCUUUGGAAAAUAGGAGUUUAGGUUCCUGUGUUAGGCUACCUGAAAAUGUCCUCUCCGUGCUCCUCCCCCAUCUUGACAAAAUUGACCUCUUUUUGGUAGUCUCUCAAAGCACUUUUCUAUUUAAUGCAAAUCUAUGAAAAAGAAAUUAAGGCUUCAUGUUCGGACUAAAAAACCGUAUUCAGUUUAUGUGUAAACCAUUUUUACAUACAAGUCUGUCCUAAAAUAUCCCCCCGAGAUGCGAACAUCCUUCUGUGCUUCAACUCGGACGGAAUUUCCAGGAGUGACUGUUGUGGGACUCAGACACCUGUGCAAUACUAACGUCUGCAAUAGGGCUCCGCGUCUCAGUGAGGAUGAAAUCUGGUCUUUGCUAACAAUCACGUGAAGUUGUGAGACUGAAUUUGCCUUUCCUCGCUUCCCUGGAGCUAGACAGACGGGUAGGGCUGAGAAGAAAAAGGAGCUAGCUUUAUUUUUAGUACUGAAGUAACAUGGACUCUGAAUGCCAAGAGGGAGCAGAUUAUGUUAUAGUUAGCUGCUCUUCAAACCAGGAUCACAGUUAAUAUAGGUAUUUUCCUCACACCGUGUUAGAACAUGAGAGUGAGAUUUUUAUAAAAGUCCUACAUAUUUUUUUAUAUUUGAAUAUGUAUAAAACCAUGGGGAAACUUGUGAACUGCAAAGGCAUGGAUUUUCCCACCUGGCCGAUCAGCUUACCUUGUUAAAAAGUAAUGGGACAAUGCAGUUUCCUUUGAACGCCCCCAAAACUGUUGGACCAUACACUUGUCGUACGUUGUCCAGUCAGUUACUGCUUAAGCAUUGUAAUGUAAUGGGUAUUACUGGUCAAGAGUCAUCCUCUAAUGGUUUGUCCAGAUAAAUACAUGCUGGAUCUGGUCUUCACAGAAAUGUUUGGUUUGGAAAUGCCAGAUUGUAGGAGGCUGUCUGCUGUUCUGUAAACAGAUCUGCAGUAUUGUUUGCUACAUCACUUGGGGCUUUUUGGUGAAAAUUUUACUUUGUUCAGGUUAACAAAUUAGCCCUUCAGAUUCCUUCCUUAUAAAAUUAUCAUGUGUUUAUAUGUAUAUAUAAACACUGACUAAGUGCCAUAAUGUUGGAUGCUGAUGUUAUGUUGUAAUUGCCUUUUUAAAGUAUAGUACUAUUUCGGGGUGAGAAGGAAAAACAAGUAGGAUAAUCCUAUUGCAGUUUCACCCUCACCAUACAUGGUUGUAUUUUUGCCUUCCCCUCUCCUGCACCAUAGGACUGUUUCUGGGACACAAAAAGGCAUAUAGACAGACUGAGAUUAGUGCUGAAAGCAGAUAUUUAUAACAAGUAUUCUUCAAAUGAAACCACUUAUUUGUAAGGUAUUGUAUGAAAUGAGAUAACGUCCUUCAAGAACCUCCUCUGAACCAGCCUAAAAGAAAUGUGCAGCGUGACAUUUGUUCGUGGCCAUUGGGGCAUUGCUACAUGUGGUUUUUACAUAUCCUGCGUGGGAAGUCGAGCAGUGUAACAACACUUCCUGAAGUAGAUCGUUAGGAUAUGGAUUGUUCAAAGUUUUGCUCUGUGCCAAAAUGUAAAAAAAGCCUUUAAAUCGUAUGAAUGACGGCACAUCCUCCCUCGGCAUUGCUAGUGGUAGGAUUUACAAACAUCCAGUUCAUCAGCCUCUUGGUGUGAUGAACUUCCACAAGUCUACUCAAGUGUAUCCCACUUCAUAUGCUAGAGCCGGAUUCUUUUAUUAAACGUCAAACACCAGUUUUAUGGUCCUGUUGGUAAACUGCACCUUCUCUAAACAGUCCUCUCUCCCUUCUGCGUUGUCAGGGUAGCAGCACAUCACUGCACUGAGGUGGUGUACUUUUGGUACAAUGUCUGCAGCAUUUAUAGUACAGUAUUUCUCUUCAAGAAACCAAUAGGACAGGUGCACUUUAUGGAAAUGGCACUUUGAGCAAAAGCCGACUCCACUUCGCCAAACCCUUUAGCUCAAGGAUGUGUUCAUGAUCUACUCCACCCAUUUUUGGGUUUGCCAAAGAGUAGUAAAUUGGGCCCAAAGCUAGUGUAACUGUUAAUGCCCCCUAGUCAGGAGGAGUUACAGAAGCUAGAAUAGUAGUUGUGCAAAAAAGUUUAUUCCUGUGGCUAGAUUCCCACUUUCCAAAAAACAAAAAGCAGAAACUGUGUAUUUCCUCCCCCAGUGCUCUUAUUGAAGUAUAACCCUCUCUCCAAAUGCUGCACAGGAAAGUCAAAAUGCCUUUUUAUGGACUUGUAUUUAUCAGUGUCAUUCUGUCUGUACUGUACUCAUGACUUAGCCUUUAAUGUUUAAUGUAUAACUAUAAAAUUAUUGUACAAGC